GCAACAGAAUACGAAAGGAAAAGGGAGAAAGAACUUAUCUCGCUCGAUGUGUGAUAUCACGCUGAUUUCCCCCAAUAACUGCAAAUCGAAGAUAGGGUUUUUCAUGUUGUUUCCCGACGAAAUCGUCGACAAAACUAGCCUCCAAUUGGCCAAAUUGAGAGAUAAUGAUUGCCUACUGGCAAUCAUAGUUGUAUAAACAACCUGGAUUGGGAGGAAAUCGUGGGGAACAACGAGAUUUUUGAGCGGAUUGGAUGUUUGGGAGAUUCGAUGGAGAGAAAAUAGCUAGGGUUUGGGGAGGUUCUCAAAGAGGAAUGGGAGCAGUCGUUGGGGAGGUCGAGGGGAAAAUGAAGAUGAGGGUUUCCCCUGUGAUCCAUUUGUUUUAUAUACAAUGUCUAAAACGACGCCGUUUUAUGAUACGGGGCAGGGGCGGAUACCGCUUAUUCCGUCCCCACCCAUCACCGGCAACUCGCGGGUUUCGGGUAAACCCGAAUCCGCCAAAAACCCACAACGGACGGAUAUUUAGGUCACCAUCUGGGCGGGUUUCGGGUGGAUACCCAACGGGUCAGUCAGGGUUGCCAACCCUAGUUUUAGACUUCCCGUCCAAUACCCAUACUCAUAUAUGUUUCACAAAGAAUAGCUAUAUAUACAAAAAAAAAAAUUAAUGAUUGGAUGUUCAAAACAGUGAUGCAUUGUGGAUUAAUAGAUGUUGUAGGAGAAAUUCAAAUAAUAACGAUUAUACAUUGGUUAACUUGAUAGUUUAUUAGCUUUGUUUGAUGUUAUAACUGAAACUUACAAGUUAGUAAGCUUAAUAAUUGUAUUAAAUUUAGGUAUAAUAAUAUUAUAUAUAUAUGUGUGUGUGUGUGUGUGUGACACAUAUUACCCGUGAGUAUCCUAAAACCACAUGUAUUAGGAUGAGGUUGCAAUAUCUUUCUCUGCAUGGGUCUGUAGUAGCUUGGGAUUUUGAAAAUGUGAUGUUUUAGAGGAAUCCGCCCCAAAUCCCUAUUCAUUUGGUAUGCAGUGUAAGUUCUGUCGGUUUGUAUUGCAAGUCUUAUUCAUUUGUACAUUAGUGGUUUUUAGUAAUGCAAGUUACUUUUAAUUCAAAGACUUUCAUAGCUACAAUGAAUAAAUAAGUAGACAAGGGAUCUUAUUUACCUUAGUCCCCCUUUUCAUUGCAAAGUACCCACAAACCCCCUCAAUUCAAACCAAUACUAACAUAGGAGUACAAACACAAGCCUUCAACUAAUGGAGAUGCUUUUCAGAAAUCCCAUAGCAUAUAAAAAAAAAAACACCAUUGAAUUGAAUAAAAAACUUUCAUGAUGUCAAUAUUCACAGUGGAACGAGCAAUAAUGUUUUCUUAUGAUAAUCUCUCACUAACUCAAAGGCUAAUUAACAGUAUAUUAUCACUAAUUGAGCGCCCUUUAAUAAAAACUUGUUGAGAAGAGGAAAUUAGGGAGAGGAGAACAUGAGCUAACCUGUUUGCAAUAACCUUGAAAUCUCUUUGUAGAGUGUGUUAUAACAAAAUAUUGGUCGGAAUUCCUUCAUAUUCUCUGCAUUUGUUACCUUAGCUAUCGAGGUAAAUAAGGUAGCAUUGAUAACCUUUGACUAGGGGCUUUGUCUUUACUAAGACCCUUGAAGACUCUCAGGAUAUCCUCUCUAGUCACUUCACUCUUUAACAAUACACCCUCUUAUGCUGAAAGUUUCUUUGUAAGCAAAUUUCGAUAAUAUAUAAUCAAUUGGUUGAUUUUGUACAUAUUUGUUCACUUCACCAAUGAGGCUUUUAUAGAAAUCCACAACAACUCUCCCCGUUUCCUUAACAUCAACCACUUUAUAUCCUUCAGCAUUCUUAAGAUCAAUUAGUUAUCUUAUGCUUAUGAGUUCGAAUUUUCAUUGCUUUAUGAAAGAAAAUAUUCAUAUCAUCUUUCUGAAUCCUUUGAGCACGUGACUUCUAGUCAUAAAAAGCCUCUUUGUCCCUCUGACCUUCCUUACACUACUAAGCUAAAACCCUUUAUUAUGCAAUUAACUCUAUUGUUGGAGUUUUCAGCACUAAUUGCACUAGUUUCGGUCAUUUUUCAAGAUAUCUUUCCUUAGCUGAGAUAUCUGCAUAAAUCUCCUUAUUGAGCCUUUUCAACUUCGGUUUGAUUUGUAUUAGUUUACCACAAAAAACAUAGUGAGAAUAGCCACUAAACCAAUAUCCCAAGCCUCUGACACAAACCCUCCAUAAGAAGGGUGUUGGGACAAGAACCUGAAUUACUUGAAUGGCUUUGGCAAGUACCCACCUGAGGUAUUACAACCAACAGCAAGGCACAGUGACCUGAGACACCUAGUGCUGAUGUUUGAGUUGUACUAGCUGAGAAAGUAUCAAGCCAAACGUCAUUAAUAAGGAUCCUAUCCAAUCUCUUAGCUGCGAAAUUCCCUUUCUGCUUAUUUUACCAUGUAAACCAUGUCCCCAUAACCUCAUGAUCUACCAUAUUCAUCCCUUCAUUCCAUUCCUUGAAAUCCAUCACACUUGUAGUCAUACUCACCAAAUUUAAAGCCUCAUUUGGUUCUCGUACAACAUUCAAGUCUCUUAGUAUUGCCAUAGGAGAGAAAUAUUCUUGAUGAGGGAGAAAUUUCCUAUACAAAUGACAAACCAACGGACUAUCCCCUUCCAUCCUAACCUUCAAAUAAUGCUAACUAUCUGCAGUUUUUGUAACAACCAGACAGCUUUACAGAACAACCUUAUUCGACCAUUGUGGGAGUUUGGGUAAUUUUUUAAGUGUUACAAAAGAUGCUUCUAAUAUUGUGGAAUUUGCGGUAAUUAUUAAAACCCUUGAUAUUCCAACUGAAAACUCUCAUUACCCAUUCGUUUACCUCUCCUUGUACCCUUAGGGUUAGGAGGAGCAGAAGGGGGGAGGAGUCACACUUUGCCUAAUCAUAGGUCUAUUAAAAAGAAAAUCUACCCUCAUCUAGAAAAUGAUUACCCAAUCUCGAAAAAUUGAUUCCAAAUGCAACAUUCCGAGUUUUUUAUUUUUGAUUUCUCUUUGUCAUUAAUUGACUUUCUUGCUAAUCACCCCCUUAAUUAAUCAUUUGAAAAGUUCGAACAAACUAGUUUUUUUUUAUAGAACAAAUUAGUUUUUAAUUGCAAAAUUCAAGCCAAAUUGGAGUGUGAAUAUUAUUUUUGUUAAGGAGGGGUGAGAUAGAAGUCAUUUAAAAUGUCAAGGACUGUUACAGAAAAAUGACAAGGACUACUACAAGAAUAAAUAUUAAAUAAAUGCUAGUUUGAGGACUUCAAUCGUUAACAUCUCAAAGUUGAGGAACCAAAAAGUCAUACAACUCCAACAUCAAACUCAUCUUUCUCCCCCUUCCAAGUUCCAAGUUUGAGAAUCGAUCUACACUGUCCCAUACCUCGUCGGCAAAAACUACCCUUCUUGCGUUCGCCCCAGAGAUUCCGACGGACAACCUCAUCACACGAGCAGCUACAGGCCGGACGAUUGGCCUUCCAAGUCCUACGCGAACUUGCGCUCUUUAAAUCCCACAACUAGCCAAUAAGAAACCUCGCCUGUUUUCGCCUUUUUUUUUGUUGAAAAUUUCCCUUUUUGGGGAACUUAGGGCGACGAAUUGGGCGAGCUAAUUCGUGCCCAUCAAGCAAUCAGCUGCUUCAUCUGUCUUCUUUUCCUUUGCGGCUUUGCCACAGGUAAAACCCUUCGACCUACUUUCUAUUUGAUGCUAAAAGUUUCGACCUUUGAAUGUUUACGUUAGGGUUUUGGCAAAAAUCCGUCGGUUCAGUAAAAGCUUGUAAUUUAGUUAGAUGGGUAAACAGGAAGGAGAAGAAGAAUUCGAAGGAGGUGUUAACAGUAAACGGGGAGUAAUGUCGAUUGCGGCGCCUGGCCAGCUCAACGUGACCGAGAUGGCUACAUGGGGAUCCCGAACUGUUGAUAAGUUCGAGAAGUUGGAACAGAUUGGGGAAGGCACUUAUGGUCAAGUUUACAUGGCUCGUGAAAUAGCAACUGGAGAAAUAGUUGCCCUGAAGAAGAUAAGAAUGGACAAUGAGAGAGAAGGGUUUCCUAUAACUGCCAUUCGUGAAAUCAAAAUUCUAAAGAAGCUCCACCAUGACAACGUAAUUAAGUUGAAAGAGAUCGUAACAUCUCCAGGUCCUGAGAAGGAUGAUCAAGGAAGACCUGAUGGUAACAAGUACAGAGGUGGUAUCUACAUGGUCUUUGAAUACAUGGAUCAUGAUUUAACUGGUCUUGCCGAUCGUCCCGGAAUGAGAUUUUCAGUUCCUCAAAUUAAGUGCUACAUGAGGCAGCUCUUAACUGGGCUUCACUAUUGCCAUGUUAAUCAAGUACUUCAUCGUGAUAUCAAAGGUUCUAAUCUUCUCAUAGACAAUGAGGGGAACCUAAAGCUUGCUGAUUUUGGGCUUGCUAGGUCAUUUUCGAAUGAUCAUAAUGCAAAUCUUACAAACCGUGUUAUUACUUUAUGGUACAGACCUCCAGAGUUGCUUCUUGGGGCAACAAAGUAUGGUCCAGCUGUUGAUAUGUGGUCUGUUGGCUGUAUCUUUGCUGAGCUUCUCCAUGGGAAGCCUAUCUUCCCUGGGAAAGAUGAGCCUGAACAACUAAACAAGAUUUUUGAGCUUUGUGGAUCACCCGAUGAGGUUAACUGGCCUGGUGUGUCUAAGAUUCCUUGGUAUAACAACUUCAAGCCUGCAAGGCCAAUCAAGAGACGCCUGAGGGAGGCUUUCAGACACUUUAAUGGCCAUGCUUUGGAGUUGCUGGACAAAAUGCUAACUCUUGAUCCUUCUCAGAGAAUAUCAGCCAAGGACGCUCUUGAUGGCGAGUAUUUCUGGACUGACCCAUUGCCUUGUGAUCCAAAGACUUUGCCCAAAUACGAGUCGUCGCAUGAGUUUCAAACUAAGAAAAAGCGGCAGCAGCAAAGACAACAUGAAGAGAACGCCAAGCGUCAGAAGCUACAACAUCCACAACCACAUAGCCGCCUUCCUCCCAUUCAGCAAUCUGGGCAGGGUCACGGACCAAUGAGAUCGGGCCCUAAUCAACAACCUGUCCAUGGCUCUCAGCCUCCAGUUCCUGCUGGAGCAGGUCACCAUUAUGGUAAGCCUCGGGGACCUGCAGGUGGGCCAGGCAGGUAUCCUCAGACUGGAGCUGCUGGUGGUGGAUACAACCACCCGAAUCGCGGUGGCGGUCAAGGAGGUGGUGCGGGAGGUUAUGGUAGCGGGCCAUAUCCUCCACAAGGCCGUGGCCCUCCUCCAUAUGGCUCGAGCAGCCAGGUGCCUGGUGGCGCUCCACGUGGCAGUGGAGGUAGUGGCUUUGCAGUUGGCGCACCAAAUUACCCUCAAGGUGGUGGUGGUGGAUCUUACGGGGGCUCUGGCACUGGCCGUGGUUCAAAUGUGAAUCGCAAUCAGCAGUAUUGGCAGUAGGCAUGCCUUAAUGCCUGUGUAAUGCAACAAGUGAAGGUGUGAAACUUACGUUUUAGUUCAGUGAUUAAAGGGACAAGGCCCAACGAGAAGCAGGGAUUAAUCUAUGCCGGAACUUGAUGGAGAGGUAAAAUGGGCGGGUGCUGGUUGAGCUAAUCUGUACAAUAACCAUCUGUUUUUUGGCGGGAGGGAACAAUUAUCAUCAUGAAGUUGGUACUAACUUAUGGUGGAGGGGUUGAGUAUGCAGUAUUUACCUUUUGUGAUCCGUGGGGUGGAAAUUCUAUGUUGUGCUCUAGUUUGGGAGGGUAGAAUGGUACGAGUACCGCCCCGCCCAUAUGCUUGUAGCUGCUCAGAACUGAAAAAUUGUCACUCUUGUAAUGCUCUUUGUUGUUUACUUCUGUAAUUGUUAUUAUUGUCGGGCAAUGAAAUGAUUGGCUUCUG